GCCGAGGCCGAGGCGGAGGCGGAGGCGGAGGCGGGCGGCGGCGAUGCCGCUGCCGGUGCCGGUGCCGGGGCGGCGGGCGCCGCUCCACCUGCUGCUGCUGUGCCACGCCUGGGCGCUGCCGCCGCCGCCGCGGGAGGCGCAGCCGCUGCUGCCCGCCCGCCUGCCCGCGCCGCCGGGGCACCUGGCGCUGCGGCUCGCCGCCUUCGGCCGCGCCGUCGUGCUGCGCCUGCGGCCCGACGCCGCCUUCCUGGCCCCCCGCCUCCGCCUCCAGCGCCUGGGCGGCCGCCCGCGCCCGCCGCGCCGCCCCUGCGGCUUCUACGCGGGCGCCGUCGAGGGGCGACCCGACGCGCCCGCCGCCCUCAGCCUCUGCGCCGGCGGCCUGCGCGGCUCCUUCCUCCUCGACGGCCAGGCCUACGCGCUGCAGCCGCUGCGGCCCCCCGCGCCCGGCCCGCCCUGGCGCCGCCCGCACCGCCUCCGGCGCCGCGCCGCCCCGCCGCCGCCGCCGCCGUCGAGCCCCGGCCCCGCGGAGGAGCCGCCGCCGCCCGCCGCGCCCCGCCGCGCCAAGCGCUUCGUGUCCGCGGCGCGCUACGUGGAGACGCUGCUGGUGGCCGACGCCUCCAUGGUGCGCUUCUACGGGGAGGACGUGGAGAGCCACGUGCUGACGCUGAUGUCGGUGGCGGCCCGGCUCUACCGGCACCCCAGCCUGCAGAACGCCGUCAGCCUGGCCGUGGUGAAGGUGCUCGUGGUGGAGGACGAGGCGGCGGGGCCCGAGGUCUCCGACAACGGCGGCCUCACCCUGCGCAACUUCUGCAGCUGGCAGCAGCGGUUCAACCCGCCCAGCGACCGGCACCCCGAGCACUACGACACCGCCGUCCUGCUCACCAGACAGGACUUCUGCGGGCACCAGAGCUGCGACACGCUGGGGGUGGCCGACAUCGGCACCAUGUGCGACCGCAACAAGAGCUGCUCGGUGAUCGAAGACGAGGGCCUGCAGGCAGCCUACACGCUGGCCCACGAGCUGGGCCACGUGCUCAGCAUGCCCCACGACGACUCCAAGACGUGCGAGCGGCUCUUCGGGCCCCUCGGCAAGCACCACGUGAUGGCCCCGCUCUUCGUGCAGCUCGACAGGACGCAGCCGUGGUCGCCCUGCAGCGCCAUGUACCUCACCGAGUUCCUGGACGGCGGGCACGGGGACUGCUUGCUCGAUGCGCCGGCCCAAGCCCUGGCCCUGCCGGCCGAGCUGCCCGGCCGCGGGCCCCUCUACAGCCUGGACGGGCAGUGCCAGCAGCUCUUCGGCAAGGGCUUCCAGCACUGCCCCAACACCACGGCCGAGGACGUCUGCGCGCAGCUGUGGUGCCGGACGGGCGCCGGCGAGCCGCUGUGCCACACCAAGAACGGCAGCCUGCCCUGGGCCGACGGCACCCCCUGCGCCGGCGGCGGGCUCUGCUGGGACGGCCGCUGCCUGCCGCCGGGAGCCCUGCAGCCCCAGGCGGCGGUGGACGGGGCCUGGGGCCCCUGGAGCCCCUGGGGCAGCUGCUCGCGGACGUGCGGCGGCGGCGUGCAGUUCUCCCACCGCCACUGCGACAGCCCCGAGCCCCGGCACGGCGGCCGCUACUGCGAGGGCCAGCGCGCCAGGUACCAGUCGUGCCGCACCGAGGAGUGCCCCGCCGACGGCAAGAGCUUCAGGGAGCAGCAGUGCGAGAAGUACAACAGCUACAACUUUACGGACCUGGAUGGCAAUCGCCUCGAGUGGGUUCCCAAGUACGCCGGCGUGUCGCCCCGAGAUCGGUGCAAGCUCUUCUGCCGAGCCCGGGGCCGGAGCGAGUUCAAAGUCUUUGAGGCCAAAGUGAUCGACGGGACGCUGUGCGGGCCGGAGACCCUCUCCAUCUGCGUGCACGGCCAGUGCAUCAAGGCCGGUUGCGAUCACGUCGUCGGGUCCUCCAAGAAGCUGGACAAGUGCGGGGUGUGCGGCGGCAACGGCUCCACGUGCAGGAAAAUAUCCGGCUCGCUCAACCGAUCCAAGUACGGCUACAACGACAUCGUCACCAUCCCCGCUGGAGCGACCAACAUCGACGUCAAGCAGCGCAGCCACCGCGGGGUCCGUCACGACGGGAACUACCUGGCCCUGCGGACUCUGGAGGGCAGGUACCUGCUGAACGGGGACUUUGCCAUUUCGGCCAUGGAGCAGGACAUCCUCAUAAAGGGAACCAUCCUGAAGUACAGCGGCUCCAUGACGACCCUGGAGAGGCUCCAGAGCUUCCGGCAGCUCCCUGAACCCCUCACGGUCCAGCUGCUGACCAUCGCCAGCGAGGUCUUCCCCCCGAAAGUCAAGUACACCUUCUUCAUCCCCAAGGACGUCCCCUUCAGCAAGCAGAAGGACAAAGAGAAGAAGUCGGCCAACGUCAUCCGGCCGAUGCUGACCUCGCAGUGGGUCCUGGGCGACUGGUCCGAGUGCUCCAAGACGUGCGGCUCCGGCUGGCAGAGGCGGACGGUGGACUGCCGGGACGUCGAGGGCCAGGCCUCCUCCGCCUGCGACAGGGCCCUGAAGCCCGAGGACAUCAAGCCCUGCGGAGACUUGCCCUGCCCGCUGUGGCGCCCGGGCCCGUGGUCCCCCUGCUCCCAAAGCUGCGGCGAGGGCGUGCGGACGCGCGGCUCCUCCUGCGUCGACUACGCGGGGACCGUGGUGGCCCCGGAGAAGUGCGGCCGCCCGCCGCCGCCGCCGGCCACCGCGGCCUGCUCCCCGCGGCAGUGCUGAGCCGCGGCGGGACGCAGGCGUGGACGGACGGCCGGGAGGACGAAGGGACGUGAGAGAAGGGCCGCUCCCCGCCGGCGGAGCGUCCCCGCCCGCCCGACGUCUACCUCAGAGCGGGGAGCGACAGCGUCCCGGCGGGGAGGAACCACCCUUCCUCGUCCUUUCUCUCUUUCCGACUGGCGGACAGCAGGCAGAUUUUAAUUUAAGGGGGAAAGAAGCGUAUCUCGAGGCCGUUUCCGAAGCGGGUGACCCGCGUUUCCCCCCUGCAGACGCUCGAGGCGGUCAAGGGUGCGGGUCGAGGUGCUGCUGAUCCCCAGCGCUGGACCGAGGCCCGAGCCUGCAGCCGCCGUUUGGGUGGUUCUGUAGGAGCUCCAUCUCCGACGGAGACUAAAUUUGUCCGGUUCAGUGGGGUGGGUUCGCGGGGAGGGGGCUCGUGCCGCAAACUGUGGAGCUGGCUUUCCCCAUCCCUCCGUCCCAGCUGCAGGUCGAGGUCCGGGCUGGGGGAGCCGGUUCAGGAGGUGACAAAACCUGGAUGUCUUUGCGAAGAGGGGGGAGCUCGGCUCAGCUCGCGGUCCCCUCGGCGCAGCAGCGUGGGUGUCUUGGAGGGCGAGGCGCGCUUUAUCGGCCGCGGUUUUAGUCUCCGAGAUAAGUCGGGAACGAGCCCAGGGCGGCUGCUGGCCGGCGUGGGGCAGGAAGUCGGGCUCGAUGACCCUAGUGGCUCCUGCCCGAUUUAUACUCUACGAUGCUGCAAAUCGCCGCCUCCAAACGCCCCCAGAUGCUGAAAUGCAGGGAGCUGCUUAGGGCGGUCCCUCUUCUCCCUGCGCCAGGCAGGUUCAUUGGAAACUCAGGUCAGUCCGGGGAGUUCACACCAGCCUUGCGGGUACCUGCCCGUCUUCCUCGCUGCCCUCCUCCUCCUCGGCCGCGAGGAAAACCAAGAAAUCCUCUCCUAAGACGGCGGGUCAGAGCAUGGGACUGCAAAGCAGUUAUUGCUCGAGUUGCAAUCCCACCAGGAACGCCUGCUCCCCACGCCUCGAUUUCCCCAGCUAUAAAACCGAGGCUAGUUAAACCCGGUCUGGUUUGCAGGGCUGCCGUGGGGAUUAAUCCAAGCGUCUGCAGUGCUUUGACCGUGAAACGCUUGUGGCCUUGGAGAAGCGGUACCCCUGGGGUGGACGCUCGGGUGUGCGAGCAUUUCCUUUCCCAUACCGUCCUCCUUGGCCUCCAGUCCACCGCCUAUUUAUUUUAUCAGCUGUGGUUUUAGUUUUUCAGAUAAUUUGCUAAUUUGGCUUGCAGGGCCGGCUCUUGGCCCGCGCUAGGCAGGAAGCUGGGCUCGAUGAUCGUCGCGGUUCCUGCUGGAUUCAUCAUCUACGACGAUGCAAAACCUCUGACCAUCUCCAGAACUCGCAGAUGCCGGCGCGGCCUCUCCUCGGCCCGCGACGCGGCCAGGUGCCGUCGCUCCGGUCCUCUUUCCAGCCCCGGCGUACGCGGAGACGCUCCGGGCUGGGCUUUGGCUCCAGCCCUGCUUGAGCAAUUCUGGGCUGGAAGCCGCGUUUCGUUCCCCCUGCCCUUUUCUUUUCCUUUUCGCCCCAGAGUCGAGCUAAACCUGAGAUGUUCAGCCUUCAUCGUCCCUACGUAAUUCCUAUCGCAACCCAGGGGGGUUUAUUCCCACCUGGGGUUAAGCCUUUUCCCCAUCCGGAGGGCUCAGGCUGCAGGAUUUGGACUUGGCUCUUUUGGAAAAAAUAAAAAACGAAGGCCAGCUGCAGCGUUUGGAUCCGGCGCUGUUUGGGCUUUGGUUCAGACCUACCUUCAGGCCAGGUUCUGCGUCUGCUAAUUAAUCUGCAGGAAUUUGAACCCUCUCGCUCGCACCAAUAGCUGCGUGCUCGAGCCGUGCAGCCUCGCUGGGCUGUUUUCUUCUCCCCUUCGGGUCGAGGAGGGUUUUAAGGCGGAGGCGAGCGUGUGUUUCCUCUCCAGCCUCGUAACUAGCCCCCACGUAGGAUGGGUCACAAAUUUCAGCUGGAGACAUCCCCGAGACGGCGCCAAGGAAAACGGCGAGCGGCGUUUUACGGGAUUCCCGACCCUCCUUAGCACCGUGUAGCCGUGACGCUGGUGUCAGUCCACGAGGUUAUAUAUUAGGAUAUAUACGUGUAUAUAUAUGUUUCCCUUCAGUGAAGGAUUGUAGCAACGUACUGAGCCUCUUGUGUUAGGUAUUUAUUAUAAAUUUCUGUUUCGUUUUGUACAGUAGCUGUCUGGAAAGGAGGGGGAAAAAGAAAAACCUGUGUUUGAACAUGCUGCUCUCACCCCACGUCCCCCUCAGCCUGCAGCGGGGCGGAGAGGGGAGGUUGUGCUCGUCCUUUAACCACUUCGUUAUCUCCCUCCUCUUCGGGGUGUGCAAAUCGGGGCGCGAUUUGCACCGUAAUGGCAUAACGAAUCUGGCAGGAGGGAGCUUUGGACAUGCAUUUUGGGAGGGGGAAGUUUUCCUAUUUUAUCCUUUUCUUUGUAUUUCGGUGUUUUGUUUUGCCUUUGAAAACGGAUAGUCUGUUUGUGGCUCUGCCUUUACCCCUUCAAUAAAGGCUCCCUGCCUAUUA